CAAAUUCCAACAGAUAAUAUCCUAAGGAGGAGCUCAAGAAGAAGAUAUUUCAAUACCCAAACCGUCAUUGUCAGAUCAAUUGUACAACACUCAAAGCACAAGGUACAACCCAUCGAAGCUAUCCUUUUAACUCUAAAGGCGGUGGCUUCACGCACCCAUCCUGAUUAAGCCCCAAAACAAAAACCUUUUGCCUGUGUAGAUCGGACUCUUCUCUUUCUUUGCUUCUCCUUACCACUCAUUUCCUUUCCACAUGUAAACCAAAAAUUUUGGGGAAAAUAAAGAAAAGAAGAAAAAAACCCAUUGUACCAAAGCGGAAAAACCCCCAACCCUAGCUAAAAAAUUUGAACUUUGCUGCCUUUUCGAUUGUUUUUUUGGUGUUUCUGUGACCAGCCCAGAUAGUAUUUGCUCGGUGUUUGUGAUGGGUUGAAGUGUGUUUUCGGGGAUGAUGAUGGAGUGGGACAGUAAUUCUGAUCCGAGUGGGGAUGAAUUUGAGGGUGAUGAUGACGAGGAAGAGGAGAUGGGUUUUGGUUCCGGGUUCUUGUUCGGUGCCGCGGCGGCAAAUGGUGGUGGGCCUUUGCCUUUUCCCGUGGACUCGUUGUUGCAGCCUGCGCCUUGUGGGUUUGUGGUUACGGAUGCUUUAGAGCCCGACCAUCCCAUUAUCUAUGUCAAUUCUGUCUUCGAAAUGGUCACUGGUUAUCGGGCUGAAGAGGUCCUCGGCCGUAAUUGUCGUUUUCUGCAAUGCAGAGGCCCGUUUGCGAAGCGAAGGCAUCCAUUAGUGGACUCGGCAGUAGUUGCUGAAAUUCGAAGAUGUCUUGAGGAAGGAGUUGAAUUUCAAGGCGAAUUGUUAAAUUUUAGGAAAGAUGGUUCCCCCUUGAUGAAUAGACUGCGCAUGACUCCAAUCUAUGGAGAGGAUGAGACAAUAACUCAUAUCAUUGGCAUACAGUUUUUUACUGAAACAAAUCUAGAUCUUGGUCCACUUCCAGGGUCUUCAGCAAAGGAGUCCGCAAAAUCAUCAGACAGAUUCCGUUCUAGUCUCUCUGCUUUUGGAACGGUAGCUGAUGGCAAACACAAUGUCAAUAGAGGGCUCUGUGGUAUAUUUCAGUUGAGUGAUGAAGUUUUGUCUCUCAAGAUACUUUCACGGUUGACUCCAAGAGAUAUUGCAUCAGUGGGUUCUGUUUGUAGGCGGUUUUAUGAGUUGACAAGAAAUGAGGAUCUUUGGCGAAUGGUUUGCCAAAAUGCAUGGGGUACAGAAACAACUCGUGUGUUGGAGACAGUGCCUGGAGCUAAACGAUUGGGAUGGGGUAGAUUGGCCCGGGAGCUUACCACGCUUGAAGCAGCAGCAUGGAGAAAGCUAACAGUGAAAGGUGCAGUUGAACCAUCUCGUUGCAACUUUAGUGCAUGUGCUGUUGGUAAUCGGGUUGUUCUCUUUGGAGGAGAGGGAGUGAACAUGCAACCUAUGAAUGAUACUUUUGUUUUGGAUUUAAAUGCCAGCAGUCCUGAGUGGCAGCAUGUAAAAGUAAGUUCUCCACCUCCUGGACGCUGGGGUCACACUCUCUCUUGUGUCAAUGGAUCCAAUUUGGUUCUGUUCGGGGGCUGUGGGACUCAGGGGUUGCUUAAUGAUGUAUUUCUGUUAGAUCUAGAUGCCAAACAUCCAACUUGGCGCGAGAUUUCCAGUUUAGCUCCUCCUCUUCCGAGAUCUUGGCACAGCUCCUGCACUCUUGAUGGGACCAAGUUGAUAGUCUCUGGUGGCUGUGCAGAUUCUGGAGUUCUCCUAAGUGACACAUUCCUUCUGGAUCUUUCAAUGGAGAAACCUAUUUGGCGAGAGAUACCUGUAACAUGGACCCCACCAUCUCGUUUGGGCCACACACUCUCUGUUUAUGGUGGUAGGAAAAUUUUGAUGUUUGGUGGUCUAGCAAAAAGUGGUCCUUUACGGUUUAGAUCAAGUGAUGUGUUCACUAUGGAUCUGAGCGAGGACGAACCAUGUUGGAGAUGUGUAACCGGGAGUGGAAUGCCUGGUGCUGGAAACCCCGGUGGAAUUGCGCCCCCACCUAGACUUGAUCAUGUGGCAGUGAGCCUCCCCGGGGGCAGAAUAUUGGUUUUCGGAGGGUCUGUUGCUGGUCUUCACUCUGCUUCCCAGCUCUAUAUUCUUGACCCGACGGAGGAAAAGCCUACAUGGAGGAUCUUAAAUGUGCCUGGAAGACCACCUAGGUUUGCUUGGGGACACAGCACGUGUGUUGUUGGGGGCACUAGGGCCAUAGUUCUUGGAGGUCAAACAGGGGAGGAGUGGAUGCUCAGCGAGCUUCAUGAACUAUCACUGGUUAGCAAUAUCAACAACUGAUUUGAGGAAAAUGGAGAUCUAAUAAACCGGAGGCUGUCAAACAGAAAGCCUCGGGGCAUUUUCUGGCCUCAAGAAGUACUUGCACAUGAGCGUAGAGAUUACUUCCUCGGCAGUUGGCAGAAGCAUAUUACCGAUAUUUCUGCAACAUGUACAUCCGUUCUGCAGGUAGCUGUCUUUGUGAAGUUUUUGCUCAGACACAGGAUACUCAGGAUCUGUUUGACCUGGAUUUAAUUUUGUGAGAUUUGUAUUGCAUUGUGGUUCAGGAAUCUUUAGUCAGGUCAUUCUCCCUGUCUAGGCUAGUAGAAGUUUUAGAGAUGGUAGGGAUUAAUAUUAUAUGUAGAAUUAGAGUACCUGGUAUGCCUUUGUUAUUGUGGUUCUGGGUCUGUAAUUUGAAGCCUGAGAAAAGGGGAUUUCAAAAGGGGAGGGGAAAAGGAAAUGUAAAACCAUAGUAUGAUAGGGGUGGGGCUUGUCCACGAGGUUUGAUUAUAUGCUUUUCAUUUUUUGCCUCAACCAUGUUUUUAUAUAUAACAGAUUCUUCAUGUCAUAACACCUCAGAGCAUUGGCUGUUUCGCCACUUUGUAAGUUUCAUGUCUCAUUUUUGUUACCCGAAUCACACUGUUCAGCUCUAUGAUCGGUUCAUUUUGUCUAGCAGCAGACUUGAAGAGUUGAAUGCGAUCUUGAAUUGUGUUUCUUUAUCUGUUUGGUUUGUUGUAGAUGAAUUUGGAUUAUGUAGAGUUUUGUAGGCGAAA